GGAAACUCCAAAGACCCAAAACCCUGUCUUCCUCCUCCCGGCCAUAACAGGAGGCGGAGAGAGAGAGAGAGACAGAGGCGAUGAAGUACGCAGUGAAGGCAUGGAGCAACGGGAGGGCGCGGGCGGGAGUGCUGCAGCUGGGCAGCGGCUGCCCGUGCCCGCUGGAGGUGGAGACGCCGUCUCUGCUUCUGCCCACCCGCAAAGGCCUGCCCCUCUUCAUCUCUCCCGACCUCCUCCCUUCUCUCCCUUCCCCUGACUCUCGCCUCCUCCAGUUCAGCCCUCUUCACUUCUUAGACGGACUUUCGACGCAGACAAUAUCGAAUCUUGGAGGUCUCCACCGGAUGCUUGGUUUGCAUGAGUAUGGGUUGAUUGCUGUUCCGAGGGAUUCCAUUCAAUGCCUUCCUGCAUCUGAAGCAACUAAUAAAUUCGGAGCAUCGUUUGAGACGCCAUGUGGCCGUCGUUUGAUUAAACCAAAAGAAUACAUGGAAAUGAUUUCUUCGAUGAGGCCCGACAUCUGGGUCACAUUGGCGGAUGAGGUGCCAAUUUGGGUAUCUGAAAAGCGAAACAGUUCUUCUGUGGAUCGAACCAUCAGGUGGCUUGAUGAAUGCAUUGCAUUGAGGCCGUUAGGUGGAGACAUCUUUGGUUCUAUUGUUGGUGGAGCUAAUGUGCAGCAGCGACAACUAUGUGCUGAAGAAGUUGCUAAACGAAAUGUAUCAGGUUAUUGGAUUGGGGGAUUUGGGCUCGGAGAGAGCAUGGAUGAGCGUCCUGCUCUGCUUAAAGCUGUUUGUGAUAACUUGCCUGAAGAAAAGCCUCGUCUAGUCUGCGGUCUCGGGCUACCUGAGGAGGUUCUACAGGGUGUUGCUGCUGGAAUUGAUCUAUUUGACACUACGUAUAUUUACCACAUUACUAUUGGAGGUUUCGCACUUACCUUUCCACUUGAUAAAAUUGGAGCAAGUGAAUUCAUUCCUUAUUCGAGUGACAUAGGAAGUGACCAGAUGAAGAUCAAUCUGAGGGCGACUGUUUACCGGAAAGACGCUACACCUAUAGUCCAAAGCUGCAGGUGCUAUACCUGCAAGAAUCAUACGAAAGCGUAUAUAAAUCACCUUCUCAACGUUCACGAGAUGCUUGCGCAGAUUCUACUGGAAAUCCAUAAUACCCACCAUUUUCUUGGUUUCUUCCGCUUGAUACGAGAAGCAAUUAAGGAAGGCAAGUUUGAACGAUUUCGAGAGAAAUUCAUCCACGAUAGGCGUGAGCACUUGGCUGUUUCUGCUGUUCACGCAUGAAUUGUUUGGCUCUGCUUUUGUUUCUGUUAGUGGCAGUUCGGUUAAAGUCGGGACAUCAGUGACACUGCCAGAUUGAUUAACUCUCAGGAGAACCAUCGAUACACGAUGGUACAGUUAGAACUUGGAAGCAAUUCGUUGCUUUUAACAAUGACGCGGGAUGGCACCUUAAGUAAACCAAGGACCAUGAACACACUACUAACUUCAUGGACCACGUAAGAUGCGAGCCGAAGUUAUGGUGAGUGGCAGAACUAUGUCAGCCCUCGUUGGCACUCGUAGUUUCACAAAAGCGUAAUGUUUACCUCAUGAUUUGCCUCGUGUACUUGUGAAACACCGAAGGGAAGAAGAGUUUCUAGGACCUUUUGAUU